AGGGGGGUUAAGGGUCCUCUAGUUGUCGGGAGCAUCAGUGACAAGCUGCUCGGUUAAACCCUCUCGCAGACGGUCCACUACCGUGUCCAUGUGGGUUCUGAUCGCCUUGACAAAUCAGCGCCUCUAAACCAGCCCCCGGGUCCAGGGUUUGCCCCUCCUGUCCAGCACCAAUCUGAGCAGGGAAGGAGGAGGGGGGCGGGAAGGUUAGUUUGAAGAGGGCAGAGCUUUGCGAAAGCACGCCAAAUUAUCCCCUAUUUCAACCGCUGGAAAGAAAAAAAAAAGGGAGAAAAAAAAAGACCCAGUGGAUGAUAACAGUUGAGAGUGAAAUCAGACGGAUUAAGCGUCAGAACCUCAUUAACUCCAAUCCAAGGAGGGAGAAGAAACGGCAGGAACGCAACCCUCAGUGCUGCGGGAGCGUCUGUUCUGAACCAACAUGGCUGCCCUACAGUGGAAGGCUAAAUCGCCACAGCAGAACUUGUGGAUCUUCCUCCUUUCCCUAAGCCUUCUUCCUGAAGCCAGCAGGGCAGUCGUUGGACACAGAGAGCCGCUGCCUGAUGACAGCAAAGACAACAUUACCAUUUUCACCCGGAUCCUCGACAGGCUGUUGGAUGGAUACGACAACAGGCUACGUCCUGGGCUCGGAGAGAGCGUGACAGAAGUGAGGACAAACAUCUAUGUGACGAGUUUUGGGCCGGUGUCGGACACAGACAUGGAGUAUACCAUUGAUGUCUUCUUCCGUCAAAGCUGGAGGGACGAGAGGCUUAAGUUCGACGGUCCAAUGCAAGUUUUGCCGCUUAACAACCUACUGGCCAGUAAGAUCUGGACGCCCGAUACCUUCUUUCACAACGGGAAGAAAUCUGUGGCCCACAACAUGACAACUCCAAACAAACUACUACGACUAGUUGACAACGGCACGCUUCUCUAUACAAUGAGGUUGACCAUCCAUGCAGAGUGCCCCAUGCACCUGGAGGACUUCCCGAUGGAUGCACACGCCUGUCCUUUGAAGUUUGGAAGUUAUGCGUACACCAACAAUGAGGUGAUCUACCUGUGGACUCAGGGAGACGAGAGAUCUGUCUCGGUGGCAGAGGACGGCUCAAGGCUCAACCAGUAUGACUUACUGGGUCACGUCAUUGGCAAAGAAACCAUCAGCUCCAGCACAGGAGAAUACGUAGUGAUGACGACAUAUUUCCAUUUGAAAAGGAAAAUUGGCUAUUUUGUGAUUCAAACCUACCUUCCGUGCAUCAUGACAGUCAUACUGUCUCAGGUCUCCUUCUGGCUUAACAGGGAAUCGGUUCCUGCCCGCACUGUGUUUGGGGUCACCACGGUCCUAACCAUGACCACUCUGAGCAUCAGUGCUAGAAACUCCCUCCCUAAGGUGGCCUAUGCCACUGCCAUGGACUGGUUCAUGGCAGUGUGCUAUGCCUUUGUCUUCUCUGCCCUGAUAGAGUUUGCGACAGUCAACUACUUCACCAAACGCAGCUGGGCGUGGGAUGGGAAAAGAGAGGGCAUGGAAAUAAGGGAACCGUUUCAGGCUAACAUGGCCAGGAUUAAAGAUAUGAGAAGAGAGUCGGCCACGCUGACUAAAAAGGCCAACAACACCUUCAACAUUGUCGGCACCACCUACGGCAUCAACGUAGCCAAAGACCAAGGCUUAACGACCAUUUCCAAAAGCGCCCCGGGACCGUCGAUCAAACACUCCUUUCUGCACAAAAUGGACGACCCCUACACAGAGGCCAAGAAGUCCUACAACCGCGUCAGCAAAGUGGACAAGAUAUCGCGCAUCAUCUUCCCAGUGCUGUUCUUCAUUUUCAACUUAGGCUACUGGGCCACGUAUGUCAACAGAAAGCCCGCGAUCAUGAAGGCAAACAACCUAAACUGAAUUUCACCAAAUGUUGGCUUUCGGAAGACAGCUGGCUAGAUAGAUAGAUAGGUAGGUGCAGGAAAAGCCAAGUCCAUCGCAUCUUAACGUGCGUGUGUUUGUGUGUGCGCGCAUGUCUCGUGUGUCUGUUUAUUUUAUUUUUUUUCUUAAACGUUUGAUAUUUUUGCACGGCUGUUGUUGUUGGGAGGCAAAUCCAGUUUCCAUUAGACUCACGUGCAGCGGUGGACCUCGGAGGAAGCACAUUCUCUCAUCAGUCUGUGUUUUGUGCGCCGUUUCUUUUUCUCCACCCCACACUUAGCUCUGGCCCUGUUCCCUGUUGUGGUUUAAUCCCUUGCUGUAUCUUGAUUGCUUGCCGUUUUGUACAGUAGUCGAAUUGUGCGUCCCCCUGUUUUGACAUGUUUUGGGUUUGUUUGCCUUUUGUUGUUGUUUCAUUGCUUAUAAUAAGUCAGCACACGCAUGCGUUUUCUGUUCUCAUCGCGACUCAUUACCAGUGAUAAGGCGCUGACACGCCGUACGCACACAGACACACACCGAUACCACCGAAAACACAAGGAAAGCCAUCCGCUGGCCGUUUUAUUGUGAUUCUGUUGGUUGGGGCGGCCUGUAUAGUUUUAUAGGAACAUCAUUAAUAAUUGUCAGAUUCUGGCCUUCAGCUCCUGCUGAAGCUCAGCACACACAAUGCAGCCUCAAAGGGCUGCAUGUACAUUUUCUAGUCCACUGGCUCUUAUUGUUUUAACUGGCUGAUUAUGUUCAACGACAGAUAAUAUACGUGCCUUGGUGAAAACACUCAUCACAAAGAAGGAAAAAAGUCAGACAUGCCCACAUUUGCAUUUCCAAAUGUGCGUUUGCUUUGCAAAAAUAUUUACACUCCUUAAAUCUUUUCAAAUUUUGUCCUGCUACAACCACCAACUUUAGUGUGUUUCAUUGAGAUUUUAUGUGGCAAAUCAGCACAAAGACCUGCAGGAAUGUCAAGUUUUAAAAAAAAAUUAUUUAGUUUUAAUUUGUUUAGGUACAAGUCAUAAAAAUAUAGCAGGCAUUUCUUUUCAGCUCCUCUGAUUCAUUCUUUACAGCUUCUGUUUCGUCAUUGUUUUUUUUUGUUUUUUUUAAAUAGCUCAAACUCUUUCAGAUUGGCUGGAGAACGUCUAUAGAAAUAAUUCAUAUUGCAAAAGAUUCUCAGAUUGAGAUCUGGACUUUUACUGCACCAUUCAAGCACAUCAACAUACUUCUGGUCUAAAUCCAGUGUCAUAUCAGGUUUUCACGUCAUUUUCUUCAGUGGUUCUUGGUGCAGAGCCACCAAUGGCAAGGAGUGAACAGGUUUUUCAAGGGGUUUUGUUUGUUUGACAGAGUGCAGCUGAAAAAUUUACGAAAUGUUGCAAUUUUGGACCUUAAUCAAACCGAUUCCACCAGAUUAUCAGGAGGGAAAGCACCCUUUACUAGGUGACGUCUAAAGACUAUCGGCUGCAUUUUCAGGACAAAAGAGGCUGAAAACAAUUAUUCACCACAUUUUUUCCAGAUUUCUGUUUGGAAAAGGCUUUGAAAGACAUCUUCUUUUCACUUUAUAAUUGUGCAACAUUUUUGAGUUGCUCCAUCACAAAAAAUCUUUAAAAGCACAUCAAAGUUUGUCUUUGUAACAUGACACAAUAAGAAAAAACAAGUUUUUAGGGGUAUUAAUGCUUUUGCAAAGUACUGUAUCAUUUGUCAAGAAACAUUUAAUGGUCUCUGUAAGUUCUAUCUACUCCAGUGUAUGGCUAUCCCCUCCCUAAACCAGCCCAUACACACACACACACACACACACAGAUACCCAGACUAAAACUGCCUCUUAGUGCGAAGGGUUAAAAGACCUAUUCCUGUGAGAUGAUCUUGCAAAGAGAUUCAAGGCUCCAGUGUUGUGGAGAACAACUAUCAUUUAAAUUGUGUUGGGGUUUUUUAUGGAGCACCCUAACCAAGAAACUACCACCAUUACCUCAGAAGGAAGACAAAUUUGGAAUUACACAUCUAAAGAGGUUUAAGUUUUACUUUUGAUUUAUGAAAACAAUUACUCUUUUCUUUGUUCCCUCUUGGCUUUGUAUUCAAUGCUGUUCCAAAAUGUUUAUCAUGUCUCUUGUCAUCAUGCAGCUAAGAAUUCACGCUUUUCUGUUUUGCUUUCUCCUGUGACGUGUUUUGGUGCUGAUUUUAUUGUCCAUAUAUUGACUUUAUUUUUGCUGUAGACAGCAAUGGCAAUGUGUCACACUGUAAUUUUAAUUAAUCCAAAUAGACACUUAGAUUACAGCAAUCUAUAUACUUGAAAUUACUGUAAAGCCUAAUAAUUCCAGUUGAAAACAAAUCUUAAUUUAUUCAGAAAAUGUGAUAAAUGUUGAACAAAGUCACAUCAGAUUUGGCUACAGAGCAUCGAGUGUCUCUGCUUUGUUAAGUGACUUCAGUGUGUGCGGGUGUGUGUGUGUGUGAGAGAGAGAUAAUACGUUUUUGGUUUUUGCACCUAUGUAUUUACGCAAUCUGAAUCUAAAACACUUUGAUUUAUUAAUAUUAUUUUUGCCAGAUGCAUUCUGUCUAAUUCAAUAAGUAAAGAUUAUUUAAGAGACUUACUGGAGAUCCCAACUUGCAUUGGCUUCCGACAAAGUGUAUGGAGGAAAGAGUAUUGCUCCAGUAAAAUGUUGUCGGUCAAUCAUGUGCAAAUCUAACAGCCAUUGAUUCUGCAUAAACAUUUGUACGUUUGCUCCUGCAGUCUUCAGCAUUAUUAUUCACUACACACUGAAGCAGGGUGUAGAGUUGAGACUUCAUCCCACUCACUUUGUUACCUACUAAUAACCAGUAGCAUAAACACUUAGAACAAGCUCUAGUACAGGCCUCUGAAUGGGUUUUCCCUUAUUUAGUUUACAACUAAACACAUGGAUCCACUGAACUGACUCGACAUCCGUCUCCAUUUACUCUUAACAAGGUCGCUGUAGGGUAUUAAGAUUGUCUAUAAUUCUUGUCUGUGUUUCAUUUAAGUAAUAAAGAUUUUAACAAGAUCUUAAAGUCUUAAUUUAAGGUAAACAAAACUUGCAGAAUCCCUUUUUAAAACAUGUUAAACACACUUGAGUGUUUAGCAUGUGCAACUAAAUGUAUCAUUUAGUUCAACUAAAUGAAACAUAGCAUCAACCGUAAGCUGAUUGUUUGCAGUUAUUAUACAUUUUUUUUGCACAAGUCAAGAUGAACCCUUUUAUUUUUAAAUAUUUUUACUUUAAUUUAAUUCAGCACGUGUCAACACAUCUUCAAUAAUUACAUCUGACUACUCCAGGUUCCUGGAUUGGAGUUACUGUAGGUUGGUGGCUCUAAACAAAAUAGCUGCAUUUGUCAAGUGAUAUGCAUAAAAUAUAUGUAAUAGUCAUUCUCUGACUAAUGUCAUCAAUAGUCUCUAACCAUAGAAGCGUUAUUUAACCAAAAAUAAUACAUUUACCAUCAAAAACAUUCAGCAAUGGACAAACUUUGCCAAAAUGUUAAACUAUCUUGCCCUUUAUCACAUUAUGAUAAAGUGUGAUAAGUGAUAUGAUAAAGUGAUAAGUGUGUGAUAAACUGUGACAUCUUAUUUUGGAAUUUUAACAGGUUUUCUGCCUUCACUUGGCUCCUAAUUGAAAAAAAGAAAAUGUGAUGCAACUUUUAAAUUUGAUUAAACUUAAUCAAAUUAAGUUUAUCCAAGUAAAUGUAUGAUUUUAAUUAAGCUGUCAUGUUAAACAAGCAUCAAUAAAGUAAGCUUGACUAAUUUAAUUUGAUUACAUGUAACAAAUUUAUUAAGAAUUAUUUAAGCUGGAGCUCCAUUCUCUUUUUUUCGGUGCAUUUCUUUUUCCAUGAUCUCUGUCUGGCUUUUUUUUCCCCAACUGAAGCAGCCCCACAGCAUGAUGCUGCCACCACCAUGUCUCUUUGAAGCUAGUGUUUGUGCAGUAUCGAGAAUGAAGCACAUUUGCAAGGCGCUCUAACUGUAGGAUUACUUUUCAUUUUGUUUUUGAAAGUGAUAGCAAAGAAACCAAGUCUUUGAAAACCUCAUCUACGUUGUUUAAAAUAACAGCUUUUUAUUUAUUUAUUUUUUUCUAAUAAAAUCCUGCAUGUAUUUUUUUCACCUUCACCACUGUCACAUGUUUGGGUAUCAAAAAAAAGGGAAAACGCAUUCAGAACUGCACAAUUGAGCAACUGUUUCCACAGAUAACCCAUGAUAAAAUCACCCUGCAGAGAUUAAUUUCUGAAUUAAUCAGCAAACGGAAAAUGUAAAUGAGCGAGCAAAAAAAAAAUUUAAAAAGUUCAUUUUUAUUAUUUGCAGUUAAUGAUUUUUCUUUUUAAUGCAGGCACAUUUUGGCUUAGUCAGAGAAACGUGAGAAAUAUUCAUUUUAUUUAUUUAUUUAUUUAUUUUUUCCCACACACCUCAGAAGAUUUGAUAAACAGAAAUCUGCCAUUCAGGUUUGGGUUUAAUUGUAUUAUGUGGUGUUAUCCAAACAGGGCCAGAGUUAAAAUAAGUAAAACCAUGUCAUUCUAUACAGUGAGAUGCAGUAUAUUAAGAGUAUAAUACUAUAUGAAUAUAUUUAUGCUAAUUAGUACAGCAUUAAAUAUCCUGUUUGAUACAGCAUAACCUCUACAGCAUUGAUGCAAAGGUGUGGAUGCAUAGAAAGCCGUAGAAAACUAGAUCAGCUAAAGAGAUUAAUAAUGGCAAAAACUUGUUCAGAAAGUGUAAUUAACUUGUGAAUUUGUAGAUAUUGUGAAAUCAAUUCCAAUAGAUUUUUUUUUGUGAAUAUCGAUAUGUCAUGUCAUUUAUUUUUUACAUCAUAUAGAUACUGCUGUCUUACAGUGAGAUCUGUAACACUAAGUGUUAUGGUAGUAAAGAACAGUAGAGAUAAUAUUCAUCGAGCUAAUUACAAGAUCAGUACCUUGUGUGCACUUUCCAAACCUAACUGUGAAUUAGCAGCUGUCUGCAAGCAGAGUUGUACACACUUUGUUUUCCUUCCAGCGAUUUCACUGCAUGUCCCUCCGCAUUGAGAGACCAAGGACUUCCUCCACAAAGACUGCUCUGGGAACUUUGUGGACUUUGUGAUUUUUCUCUGGAAGUUGCUCUCUGUAUGCCCAGUGACUGGACUCUCUGUACGUUACACUUGUUUGUGUGCUUACUGUAUGAGAUGUAGCAAAUGGAAAUAGGGAUUAAAAGGACGUUGUAUUUUG